UGCAUAAUAAUUGGAAAAGAGCUGAUAUUGAAAUGUUUAAAACCAGAAAUACCAAAACAAAACAAGACAUCGAGGCGAUAUAAACUGCGCCCUCCUGCGGCUAACAAGCGACCUCCGUUUGAGCCCUCCGAGUCUCCGUACUAAAGAAAACCUGCCUCCCUAUGCCUUUAUUCGCACACCCAUCAUCUCUCCUCGCCAAAAAACACAGAACGGACAGAUGAAAAUACACGGCAAAAUAUUUAGUAUCAUCACUGGAGUGUACGCUGCUGUCAAGGGCUCUCAACAACAUGGAGAUAUAUAAUAUUCCUGCGAUAUGGCAUAAUCCUUUCAUCAGUGUGCAUUUCUUUGCGAAAAAUGAAUUAAUCGGCGUUGUCUGCAGAAAGAAAUAACGCUAUCCUUCAAGUAACUCCCUCGUUCUUUACCCAUAUUAUGAUACAACUAACUGUAUUUAACACAGAUGACACAUUUACAGUUCUUCUGAAAUAGACAGUCAGCUGAAGUGAAUACAACAAAGAUGAUUCCCUUAUAGAGGAGCUCCCUAGCUUUCAAAGGAUCAAGGUGAUAUUAGUAAAUUGCAGUCCGGGAGGUUUCAGCGGUGCGGAGAGGUGACGUUGACCGGAUGUGUGUAGCGGAGCGUGCCGUGUGGCUUUGACCAUGAGCCGGCUGAUGUUGGGCCGGACCCUGGAGCGGAUCUGCAAGGCUGUGCUGUUGCUCUGCCUGGUGCACUUCCUCAUCAUGAUGAUCCUCUACUUCGAUGUCUACAGCCAGCGCUUCGACAUCUUCAGCCGUUUCAACAACGGCCGUGGAGCGAACAGCUCACGAGGACCGCACCACUACUACUAUAAUUUCUCCAGCGGAAGGCCCAACACUACCUUUGCAAGCUACCUGGCUACAGCUGACCAUCUUCUGCCCAGCACCAAGCCAGAGGUCAACCACACACCGCCGACCCCUAAGCCAUUACCACCAUGUCCGGAAGCACCUCCUGGCCUGGUGGGACGUCUCCUCAUCGAAUUCAGCUCCCUGAUAACCCUCGAGCGGGUGCAGAGAGAGAACCCUAAUGUGACAGAAGGGGGUAAAUACACUCCUCCGGACUGCCGGCCAAGACAAAAGGUGGCCAUCAUCGUCCCAUUCAGACACAGAGACAACCACCUUAAAUAUUGGCUUCACUACCUGCACCCAGUCCUGCGCAGACAGAAGAUCGACUAUGGGAUCUUUAUCAUCAACCAGCUUGGCGAGGACACCUUCAAUCGGGCCAAGCUUCUCAACGUUGGCUACACGGAGGCUCUUAAAGACGCAGAAUAUGACUGCUUCAUUUUCAGUGACGUGGACCUGAUCCCUAUGGAUGACCGGAACCUGUACCACUGUUAUGACCAGCCCCGUCAUUUUGCCAUUGCCAUGGACAAAUUCGGCUUCAGGCUACCUUAUGCGGGGUACUUUGGAGGGGUGUCCGGCCUUAGCAAAAAACAGUUCCUCAAAAUCAAUGGCUUCCCUAAUGAGUACUGGGGUUGGGGAGGUGAAGAUGAUGACAUUUACAACAGAAUCACACUAAAUGGGAUGAAAGUGUCUCGGCCCGACGUGAGAAUCGGCCGCUACAGGAUGAUCAAGCAUGAGAGAGACAAGCACAAUGAGCCAAACCCCCAGAGGUUCAGUAAGAUCCAGAACACCAAGAACACCAUGAGGAAAGAUGGGAUCAGCUCGCUGAUGUACAGAGUGGUGUCUGUGAAGAAAUACCCGCUCUACACCAACAUUUCCGUAGAGAUCGGCAAGCCUCCACCCAGACCCCUCAAAGGAUAGAGAGCUAUCGGUUCUGGACCGAGGAUACCAUGAUCUUCUUAAAGUUCAGCACACACACACACACACACACACACACACACACACAAACUCUGCCCAGGGUCACCUUCCUAUGAUACAGCAGUGAUAUGCUGAACAGGUUAGUUCUCAGGAAUACAUGGAAGCUUGAUGUGGAUCCAGCGAUGUACUGUAGAUUCAUAUCCUGAUUCAGAUCGAGAUGUGCACAGUGUCUGGAGGGACAGAAAUAUCAUCAUCACAAUCCAAUGGCUGUUUUGAUCAGACCUUGAGGAUUAAUUCGAGCUUUUAGGCUCUUAACAGGAGGAUCGUUCAGUUCUGGUUUUGGGAAGUGACGUUGAUCUGCGAAGAACAGCCUGGUCACUUGAUGUAAAUCAGUCUGAACAUACUGUACAUUUCAAAAGCGAAUGUGUCUUUGUACCUGCGAUGCUUGCAGUGUUCAAAUCUCUUCUUUCGUAUCUCAGAUGUUGGUUGAUCAUGUGAGGUUGAUUGAUCAGUGCUUGAAGUUGGCUCCUUUGGAUUGUGUCUCUAUCUUGCGCUCUCUUUGAUUUUGCAUCGUCUCUCGGGACUGUUGUCAACCAUCAAAACACGUCUCAGCACUGGGAUGUCUUCAUUGGAACUUGGAGAACAACUAUGUGAUGUAAUUAGACUGGAGCUGGACUAGUCCUACAAGCACAUGACUGUCAGUCAAUAAGGUAUAAAUGGAUUGGCGCUAAAGUAGACGCCUGGAGAAACGGUGAGAACUUUUGCUGAGAGAUAGAGGAGCUUCUGUAGAAGUCACUGAUGAUCAAACCUCUGUAUCUAUCUCCACCUGCUCAAAACUGACUGUGCUAUGAGCCACUCUUUCUUUGUUUACUUUCAUUUGCCUCAAAGAUUCAUAUUUAGAUCACUCAUAUAUCAAGUCUUUUUUAAAAGUUAGCAAUGGCUGCUUUGAUCAAAUAAUUCCCGUCAUUCAGUUUUAAGAGUCUCGCGCCUCUUUAGAUGAUCAUCUUUGGAAGUGUUAUUUAAAUGAUAUUCUGAUAUGUCCUAUAUUAUAUAUUAUAUAUAUUCACCCAGGGUCCAAACUCAAUGUCACAACUUCCAAUUUGAGUUAUUUGAGGAAAUUUACAGACUGUGCUUUAAUUAUAUCAUGCAGGCCAAUAAUCAGUUUUUAUAAGAACAUAGUUGUUUCAUGUUCAUGUGAGUAAUAAUCAUACACUACCUUUCAAAAGUUUUGGGUCAGUAAGCUAUGUUUUUAAAAAACAUUAAUACUUUUGGUCAGUGAAUGCUUUACAAACAAAUUAAAAUAAAAAAAGAAAGUUAUUUUAAAUUGUAAUAUUUCACCACAUUACAGUUUUAAUGUAUUUUCAAUCGAAUACGUGCAGCAUUAAUGAAUUUCAAAACCACUAAACAAUCUUACCGACCGACCACUUUUGAACAGAGGACAAAAAGCUUAACAGAUAAAAAACGAAAACAUAGAUGAACAUAAGAUUUAUCUGAUUUUCAUUAUUCAACAUAAUGUAAUGUUGAUUUUCACUUGCAUUUGGUGUUUGGCUGAUGUUAAUUUUGGACCCUGUAUUCACCUCUUCCAAAAAGAUCUGAGGAAAUGUAUUGAACUGCUUUUCUUUACAAUACUUUGCAAGCCUCUUAAAGUUGUUUUAUCAUUGCUUAUUCCUUCUUCACCUUUUAUUUGACUACCUGAAAACACCAAGCUGAUGCCUUCAGAUGUAUUAUUAGGGGUAAAUGUGAGGAGAGUUUGAGCUCUUUUUUUCUCUCUUAUCGGCUUUUCUGCGCCGUGUGCAGACGCUUCUUUUGUGCUAACAACGAUUCUUUCAGCACAUAGGAAGUCAUUAAUGAGAGCCCAGCCACUCUCCCUGUCCUUUUUAAAAUACACUUUCUCCUCAUGCCUUUCAUUUUAGCCUCUCCAACCCAUUUCUUUUUUGUGUGUGCAAUUAUGUUGUCUUAACUGCUGACCCAAGCAGUCACUGUGUCACUAACAUGGUUUCCAUCUUAAGUAUUUCAUCACCUCUGUCUCAUGGGUACCACUACCUGUCUGUUACAAGUGCAUCACUUCUGUCACGCUGUAUUUGUACAUUGGCCAUCAAGCAAAAUAACUAUCAAUACUUACCUGACACAGUUUUGCCUCAAGCCCUUUGAUUUUUCAUGGGUUAAUAGCCUUAAAAGUUGACAUCCGUGCACACAUUGAUCAUAUUCACUAAUAUUUAUUCUAGCUGUGACCUGCAUUUUAAAUGCUGAGAAACAUUGCUGUAGAAUGCAGUGAAUCCUAAACCUUCAACACGAAUGAGAUUUCAAUCCAGUAUUCUUAUUAAAAAGACAUUACGCUCGUCCUGAAGUGUCUUUGCGAAUGAAAUAGAAAUCUGUUUCUGUUGGAGUAAAUGAGAUUACUUCCUUUUCGAGCUCAAGUAUCAAAGCACGUAUUAAACUGAAGAAGACACAAUGUUGCAGAGUGCAUUUACAUUAUCUUAAUUUUUUUCAAAAUGAAAAAUGCAGUCCAUAUGGUGUAAAUGGAGUGAGCAGAAACUAAGUUCAACAUAUUGAGGGCCUCACGCACAUUGUUGCAUGUGAUCUUUCAGCCUUGAUACAGCAUGAUAGUGUAUAAUGUGUAGCCAUUCUUCUGAAAAAAAUAUUUGUUUUAUAUUGAUUUAAAGGUGUACUCAGUAAUUUUUGUUGGUUGCACUAAUAUGACACACAAAAUGAAUUUUCCUUUCUCUUCUGAGUGUUACAAGCUGUUUGUGAAUAGAUAAGAUCCAUAAAGUUGCAAAAGACAGUCUCAAACCCAAAGAGAUAUUCUUUAUAAAAGUUAAGACACGUCCAUGCCCUCCUAAAAUGCCUUGUUUAAACACACCACCCACGUCUACGUCACUGUGUGGGAAGAUUUGCAAAACGCCGCUUAAAAUGUUCAAAGAAGGCAUAACUUUUAUUCUCGCUGCAGUAUUGUUAUCGCCGCCGGCACCAUGUCGCGGAGACAAUGUGUCUUCAGUUGUGAAAGCAAAACUACUUUGUUUGGUCUUCUAAAAGAGGACACAAAUAGAAAUCAGUGGUUAAGCUGUAUUUACAACACUGUUCCAGAACAGUUCAACCCAAAUAUUCAAAUGUGUGCAGCGCAUUUCACGGAGGACUGUUUCCUGAACCUGGGAGAGUAGCCUAAUGCUGUCUGUGCACAAAGGAUGUUUCUAAAGUGGGGCAAUUCCAACUUUGCAAGCAAAGUCUGGUGAUUCUGACUCAAAGCCUGUAAGUAUGUUUUAAAAUGUAAAGGAUUUGCCACUGAUGACUCAAACGCGAGUUUUGACCAGUGAAGAGUAGCGUUUUUUGUUUGUCGUUUCUCCGAUCACAAAUAAAUGGUUUUAUGUUUACGCGGCAUGAUAUGUAACACAACGUGUGAAAAGACAGUAUAAGUCAUUAUAAUCAGUAAUUAUGUCCCCAGUGGAUGCAACAAAUGCCUCAUUUAUAAUGGGUUUUAUUGUUUUUUUUUCUUGUUGUGCCAGGACACACGGCAUCACAGUACGGUGAGGGGCAUAACAUUUCAGUCACAUGCUUGAGGCAUUCAGCCAAUCACAUAGCACUUGAUAGCUGGCCAAUCAGAGAAUACCUCGCUUUUCAGAACGAUGAGCUUUGUAAAAAUCAUGCCUUUCAGAAGGUGGGGAAGAGAGGAGAAACAGUAAUGUACAGUAUGUUGAAAAUUGUUUUUUUUUUUUUUACUUUAAACCGCAAAAACGCAUUGCAUUACACCAAAUAAUGUUCUUUUUAGCAACGUCAUAUGGCCCCUUUAAAUUAUUCAGCAUCUUUAUAACAUUCAAAGAUUUUUUUUUUUUAAGGAAAUAAUACUUUUAUUUAGCAAUGAUGAAUUUAAGUGGUCAAAAGUGACAGUAAAUAGAUUUAAUUAACUAUCAAAUAAACAUGGACUUUUGAAAUUUCUGUCUAUCAACGAAUCAUGUGUCAGUGUUUCGACAAAAAUAUCAAGCAUAUUAGAAUGAUAUCUGAUGGAUCACGUGACACUGAAGAUUGGCGUAAUGGCUGCUGAAAAUUUAGCUUUGCCAUCACAGGAAUACAUUAUAUUUUAACAGUUAACAUAGUAAAAAAAAAAAAAAAAACACAGGUUAAAUUGUAAUAAUAUUUCAAAAUAACACUGUUUUUACAGUAUUUUUGAUCAACAAAAAAAUUUUACAUGUAUAAUUACGUACGAAAUGACUGAGUACACCUUUAAGGGCUUCUAGUAAGGCCAUGUAUUUGGAUGGUGUGGGAUCUGUAGAUAUGGUUCUUAUAAGUGAGGAACAUUAUAAAAUCUCAAUUUUUUUAAGUUAGUCUGGUGAUUCAAAUAUUUGUUAUUUUUGCCCCAAUGAAAAAAAAAAAGCUGCUUAAAUUCUACAGUGUAGAUACAUAAUUGCAUUAUUCUUUAGGGUUUUUGAUUAUAUUAGAAAUGUUUCAUUGCAGUUUAUAAAAGUCUAUACAUUUACAGUAGAUCAUCUGACUGUUCCAUUCCAAAGUCACCCAUAUUUCUUGUGCUAACAAUACAAUCAAGUAAAGCUCGCACAACUCUCAUUCCCAACCUUGCAAAGCACAAAUCCAGUCCUUGAGGUCAGGAUGCCAUUCUUCAGCAACUCUCGCUUUAUAGUUUGCAAAAUCACACCGGUGCCACAAAUGAAUAUGCUUUUUAUUUUGAUGCCGUUCUUUUAUAUCACUCUUGGGUCAGCAGGCCCUCCCAUCCUGAAAGCUCACACACACAUACUUGUGUACGUAAAGCUCACCCUCUCUCCUCCAUCCCCCCUUUUGCCCUCAGUCAUUCUCUGGAAAAGUAUUCCAUCUCGCUCAAUGCUUAUAAAUGUGAGAGAGGGACAGAAGUGGGCAAGUAUUCCACACCUACACAAUGACUUGCUUAAGAAACUACUGACGGCCUCAGGGCUUCAUGCCUGGGGUGCAUUUUUAAUAACUUACUGUGUCUAUCAAGGUUUUUUGUACAUUGAAUGUCAAAAUACUAUAUCUUAUAUAGAAUGCAUUAUGUCAUAUCAAACAUACUUUUUGUAUACAAUCAAUAAAUCUGAUGCUACAAGAAUCUGA